GACCAGCAAAGGUUUCUGAAUUUACAAGAGCACCACAGUAAAGAGCUGCUUGACAAACAUGGCUGUCGUGUUCAAAACUUUAUUGUGGCAACUUCUCAACAUGAAGCUGAUCAGAAAUCGAAAGCCCGCGGCCCGAUCGAAUAUGUGGUAAAGUCACAAAUCCUCGCCGGUGGCCGUGGAAAAGGACGGUUCAUCAAUGGAAAAGAAGGACUGGGUGGUGUUUUUGUAACUAGGGACCGAAAGCAAGCAUUGGACGCAGUGGCUGAAAUGGUUGGCAAACACUUAGUUACAAAGCAGACUCCCAAAGAAGGCGUCCUAGUCAAAAAGGUGAUGGUUGCUAAAGGAGUGUCAAUAAAACGCGAAACGUAUUUGGCAGUGCUUAUGGAUAGAGCAUCGAAUGGUCCAGUAAUUGUUGCAUCUCCGGCUGGCGGAAUGGAUAUCGAGGAGGUGGCCGAAAAAACACCACAUUUGAUAUUCAAAGAGCCUGUCAAUAUCGCAACUGGCAUAACUGAUGAACAAGCCACUAGAAUCGCAAAGAGUUUGGAAUUCAAAGGAGAGCUAGCUGCCCAUCAGAUCAAAUGUUUGUAUGAGCUUUUCCUUGCAGUUGAUGCCACCCAGGUUGAGAUCAAUCCAUUUGCCGAAACUGAUGACGGGCUUGUCUACUGUGUCGAUGCGAAGAUAAACUUCGACGAUAGCGCGGCGUUCAGACAACAGGAAAUUUUUGCACUGGGAGAGAAAUCGGAACAGGAUCCUAGAGAAGUGGAAGCGGAUAAGUACCAUCUCAACUACAUUGCCAUGGAUGGAAACAUUGCCUGCUUAGUAAAUGGUGCUGGUCUAGCAAUGGCAACUAUGGAUAUUAUCAAAUUGAAAGGAGGAGAUCCAGCAAAUUUCCUAGAUGUGGGAGGCACUGUUACGGAAGAACAAGUGUCUCACGCUUUCCGUAUAAUUACCAGUGAUCCACGUGUGAAAUGUAUUUUGGUGAACAUUUUUGGAGGAAUUGUCAACUGUGGUACCAUCGCUAACGGAUUAGUAGCAGCAUGUCGCAAGAUGAAACUGCGCGUUCCACUUGUGGUUCGAUUAGAAGUAGAUAUCUUCCAGGCAAACCAAGCACUACGCUCGUCGGGAGGGUAA